AAACAUUAAAUAAAGAUAACUUGAAGAAAAUUUCCAACUAGCCGCCAGUUAAAUUAGGUACCACAAUGUAGGAGCGCUGCAGAUUAGUUUUAAAAUUCCGCUGGGAGUGGCUCCCCCUCUCUUUGAACCUUCUCUGUGAGUGACCAAUCUUUCUUCCCUAACCAAGUGCAAGGCUCUCAGUAGACAAUUUCAUUCCAGUCUUCUUAGAAGGGAGUUUAAAUUUAUUACGUUUUCAAAAUUGGUGAACAUUUGCAUUUUGCAGAAUCUAUUUCAGUAGUGAAAUCUUUUUGUAUCGUAUGUCCAUCCAGAAUCUUAAUACAUUCGACCCCUUUGCUGAUGCAAUUAAGGGUUCAGAUGAUGAUGUACAGGAUGGUCUUGUUCAUAUAAGAAUCCAACAACGAAAUGGUCGUAAAACUUUAACUACUGUGCAGGGCCUUUCUUCUGAGUAUGACCUGAAAAAAAUCGUGCGAGCAUGUAAAAAGGAGUUUGCUUGCAAUGGAACUGUGAUUGAACAUCCGGAAUACGGAGAAGUUCUACAGUUACAAGGAGACCAAAGGGAGAAUAUAUGCCAGUGGUUAACUAAAACAGGCCUCGCCAAACCUGAUCAACUUAAAGUCCAUGGUUUUUAAGCGAGAAAUUCGAUCCCACUAUAUAUUCAACAAUGAGAUUAAAUUUUCAUUUAAUUCAAUAAAUUAUAUUUCUGAAUGAACUUUUCAGUAAUUAAAACAUUAUUCAUUGCAUUUUUGUAAAAACCCCUAUUACAAGAAAUUGAUUUAUUGAUCAAUCUGAUUGAAUUUGGUAUUGUUUAUACUUUUUUAAAUAUUUUAUUUAUUAGUUGUUAAUUUUCCCAUCAACUUGUGACGCCUUGAAAGUUAUGUGUGUUUUUUACUGGAGGUAAUAUGUAUCUAGAUGCAAUUGAUAUAUUUCGAGAAAGGCUAUUAUAUUAAAUAGGCUAUGAUUUAGUGUUUUAAUGAAUGACCUGUGGAUCAAAUGGAUAAAUAUUGAAUCCUUAUGUAAGCGCUCAUGUAUAUUGUAUACUGUAAGCAUUGUGCCUUUCAGGUAAUAAUAAGUACUUCAAUACUUAGAUUGUGUUAAGUAUUUAUACUUGUAGGUUUUCUGAUUUCAUCUUAUGUCACUAGGCCAAACAUAGUAUGCAAUUCAUUUCCAGUUUAACGCAUAAUGCUACAUAAUGUUUCCAGUAAAUAAAAGUUCAAAUAAAGUCUGUGUUUUAUAAAGUGAAAUAAUAAAUUAUUUUGUUUUUAACCUUU